UUUUAUUCGAUUAAUUUCAUACAUUAUUGCAUCGUUGUGAUCGGAAUUCAAAUAUUUUUCCUUUCGUAUUACUUGGAAUAUGUGGUAAAUAGUUGGUAUUUUCGACUUUCAUACUUGGUCACACAGAUGAACUAUCACUAUCGUGUUUUUUACUAUAUAUUUUUUCUGGAGCUCAUUAAAUUCGAAUUGAAAAUGAUCAAGAGUGAAUUAAACCAACGUACCAAAAAUCAUUCGUCGAUACGGAAUAGCUGGUGUCAUUCAGCUGUGAAUAGCGUUAACGAAAACAAUAUCAAACGAAUCAAUGCAUACUGUCAAUUGGUCAACGAAUUGAGCGGAUGCAUGAAUUCAACAUUUGGAUUGUCAAAUUUUGCAACAAUUUUGUAUUGCUUUCAUAUGCCACUGACCGAUGCCAAUUGGGCUUUGUGGGAAUUGGAUCAACGACCUUGGAAUUAUAUUUUUGUAUUCUCCCUUUGGUUGGUAUAUUUGUCUUUGCUGAUUCUUCUUCUUUUUAAGGGUGCCACCGAUUGCAAAAUUGCGGUUGAACAAAUUGUAUUUUAUUUAAACGAAAUUAACAUCGACUUUGAAGAUGAAUCUGCAUUGGUACAGAUUGAAGCAGUAAUGUUACAUUUAACAAAAAAUCCAAUUGUUUUCCAUUGUCGAGGACUUUUUACCAUCAGCAACCGAACAUUCUUGAAAAUGAUUGGUGGUAUAUCCGGCUAUAUUUAA